UUAAGCUCAUUUCCAGUGUCAUCUGAUGCUAGAUUAAGUGAAAGACCACACGGUACUCUCAAAUAGAGUCGUAAGCAUUUUCUCCAUGUGUAUGAGCAACAUUGGGUAAACGCAUCUAUUUAAAUCACUCUCUGUGUUCUCUUUGGCUUCAUCAACAUUCCGACAAGAAAAAAAAGAGAAAAACAUCGUUAUGACAGUCAACACAGAAAACAUCAUUCCGACAAGAACGCAUGUCUUGAUCUUCCCAUUUCCGGCACAAGGUCACAUGAUUCCCCUCUUCGACCUCACCCACCGUCUCGCUCUCCGCGGCGGCUCCGCCUUAAAAAUCACCGUCUUAGUCACUCCAAAGAACCUUCCUUUCCUCUCUCCUCUCCUCUCCGCCGGUCUCAACAUCGAAGCUCUCACCCUCCCUUUCCCCUCUCACCCUUCCAUCCCCUCCGGCGUCGAAAACGUCCAACACCUACCUCCUUCCGGCUUCCCCACCAUGAUCCACGCGCUCGGUGGUCUCCACGCGCCGCUUCUCUCGUGGAUCGCUUCACACCCUUCUCCUCCCGUAGCCAUCGUCUCUGACUUCUUCCUAGGAUGGACUCAACACCUCGGGAUCCCUCGCGUCGAGUUCUCUCCUUCCGCCGCCGUCACUUGCUGCAUCCUCAACACUCUUUGGAUCGAGAUGCCAACCAUUGGAGACGAAGAUGAGAUUCUCGAGUUUACCAAGAUACCGAACUCUUGGAGAUACCCUUGGUCUCAGAUCUCUUCGAUCUACCUAAGCUAUGUUCAUGAAGACAAAGCUUGGGAGUUCAUAAGAGACUCGUUCAGAGACAACGCGGCGAGUUGGGGACUCGUCGUGAACUCUUUCGCCGACAUGGAAAGUGUUUACCUCGAGCAUCUUAAGAAAGAGAUGGGCCAUGAUCGUGUAUGGGCCGUAGGCCCAGUUCUUCCUGUGUCCCAGGGUGAUCGUGGUGGUCGGACAUCGGUUUCUGUCGAUCACGUGAUGUCGUGGCUAGACGCACGUGCGGAUAACAACGUGGUUUACGUGUGCUUCGGAAGUCAAGUUCUGUUGAGUGGGGAGCAGACUCUCGCUCUCGCUUCUGCCCUUGAGAAAAGCGGCGUGCAUUUCGUGUGGGCCGUCAAGGAGCCCGUGGAGAGAGAUUCGUCACGUGGCAACAUCCUGGAUGGUUUUGAAGAUCGUGUGGCUGGGAGGGGUCUGGUGAUCAGAGGAUGGGCCCCACAAGUGGCUGUCCUACAGCACAGAGCAGUUGGAGCGUUUCUAACGCAUUGCGGUUGGAACUCAGUGGUGGAGGCAGUUGUAGCCGGCGUUCUGAUGCUGACGUGGCCGAUGCGAGCGGACCAGUACACAGACGCGACUCUGGUGGUUGACGAGUUGAAAGUGGGUGUGCGUGCCUGUGAAGGACCAGACACGGUGCCUGACCCGGAUGAGUUAGCUAGAGUUUUUGUUGAUUCCGUGGCCGGGAAGCAAACGGAGAGGAUCCAAGCCAUGAAGCUGAGGAAAGCAGCGUUGGAUGCGAUCCAAGAACGUGGAAGCUCGGUUAAGGAUAUAGAUGGAUUUAUCGAGCAUCUUGUUAGCUUAGGACUAAAGAAAUGAUCCAACCAGAUAUUGUAUGCAUGUGACUGCACUCUAUUUAAUUGUUGUAAGAUGAUAAGUGAUAACGUCGGUGUUUCUGGAAUUUCCGAAUAUAAUUUCGAUGUUUUAAAAAUAGUUUUUAAUUAGGCUUGGGCAUUUGCAACUAAAUCCUAGAUUUAAUUGAAUUCGAACUGAAAUACAUGAAUCCGUUUCUGGUCGAAGCUGUAGCGUAAAAAGGUAUUUCACUAUUUUGAGUAUCGACUGAACCCGAACAAAUAUUCAAAAAAUUUUAAAUUGUAAAACAGUUGAUUCAAAUCUAAAUAGGUAUACAAAAACAUGAAAACAAAAAAAAUCAGAUCCGAGUAUUUCAGUUACUUAAUUUCAGAGUUAAUGAAAUCCAACUAUAAAAUAUUCGACGCUGUGUUACAAAAUAAAAGUGUUACAAAAAAAAAAUAUUCGACGCUAAAAUAGUUUUAACCUAAUUUAAAAUAUUGUUAACAGAAUACAAAAAUGAGUUUAGGUUUAAAAUGAGUCUUAAACAGAAUUAUAAAAUGAAAAAUGUAUUUAUAUAUUUAUUUACAAUAUUCAAUUUUAAAAUUUAAAUUUACAAUAUUUUUAUAAUUAUUUUUCACUUGCAAUCGUUCGUAACCAACCGUAAACGGUAGAGAAAAUCAAAUUUCAGAUUAAAAAUUUUAAAGCAGUUUGAAGUGACAGAGAGAAAACUAGCAGACCAUAUUAUUACGGAUCAAGAAAAUUAGGUCAAGCCGUCGCACAAGAGAGAAAAGAAGAAGAAAACUCCAUAAUCGCCGAUCUCUCUCUGUGGUUGGCGGUGUUUUUCACUGCUGCUACGUGAGGAAGAAUUUUCUUUUUCUUAUUUAGUUUAAUCUAGAUUUCGUAUGGUUUAGGUGGUUUUGGGUGGAGUCUCCUUCUCGUUGGUUUAUAUCUCUCACCGCUUUCGACGAUCCAGAUCUAUAGAAUCAUUUUUCUUAUCAAGUCGAGGGCUGGUUUAGAUUUGGAUUGUGGUGUUUCUGUUUUUCUUCGAUUGUUCACAGUUGUAGUCCAUUCGUUUUACGCUUUGUUCUAGUUUAUUGGAUUUGUCGGUGUGAGGUGUACUUGUUGUGGAGGUUUUUUCUUGCUAAGAGGUAAUCAGUUUUACCUCUGUAAAUCGAUAUGUGUAGGACAUGUAAAUCUUUACCGGUGUUUUUUCCUUUAACAUUUCAAGUUCGUGUGUUCUUGAACCCUAGGUGUGUGGUUUUAAUUUGAUUAUGUCUCGGCUUCGGUUUUUGGUAUUGAUGUAAGUUUAUCUUCGCACAUGUUUGUACCGAUGUUGCAUCUAUGUUGCGUCUGUGUUUGGCUUGGUGAUGUACCCUUCAGGGUUAUAUUUGCCUAAGUCAUUGGUUCUUUGGUUAUCUUGGAUCGUAUGUUCUUUAAAAAUGUUUGCGAGUUAUGAUUAGUCUAUUAAUUCUAUCUUUAGUACAUGUAGCUCUCUAAUGUUUAUUUAUCGUAUUAUCAUACUUCAUUAUUAUUGUCUUCUUUUUUUGGAAUAUUACUUUCUGACCGAACUAUUACAAUUUUUUGUCAGUUUUCGUAAUCUAUUACGUGUUUCAUUAUAAAAAACUUAAUAAAAAUCUGAGUUAAAAAAAAAAGAAGGAAACUAGUAGACCAUUAAAGAAGUGGAUCAAAGUGAAUUGGUUUGGUCGUGUCGGGUCAAGUAUAACUGGACCCGGAAAAGAAUGACGUUUGCUUAUCUUCUUCGAUUCUCUCAUAUUCCCUCCCUUCUCUCACACAUCCACACAACAAAAAGAAAUGACUCUCACCGUGAGCAGCGGUGGCGGAGUCUCUAGGCUCCACUCCAUAGACCUCACCGAUUCUUCCCGUACUCCCUUCUCCACCUUCAAACUCAUAAACUUCCCUUACCCAUCAAGAACCCGUCUCCACGUAGUCUCCGCCUCCAAAAAAGCCUCCUCACAAACCGGUCGGUUCGACAGCAAGAAGCGUCGAACCCUCGUCCCGACAACAACAACCAAGGAACAGCCGGAAGAAAGCAACAACGACGACGACACAGCACCGUCUCAGAUCGAAAUCGCCGACGACGAAGACAGGUUCGCGGUGAACACUCGCUUCAGAGGCGAUCCCAAAGACGCGCCAAAGUUCUCGAUAAAGGAUCUUCCCGGGCUUGAACCUGAUCCAUUCGAAGGUCCUCAGUGGGAUGGUUUAGGUUUCUUCGUUCAGUACUUAUGGGCUUUCGGCAUCGUUUUCGCGCUUGUCUCCGGCGGAAUUGCGGCGGGGACGUAUAACGAAGGUGCGACGGACUUCAAGGAGACGCCAGUUUAUAAGGAGGCAAUGGAGUCUCGUGACCUUCUUGAUGAAGCAGAGGGUUCGAACUCGGAAGAUGUGUUUGAGUCUAAUCCGACAGAAGUCGCGCCUAGUUUGGAGUAGUUUCAGUUCAGUGUUUUGUUAAAGCUAUAAUUCGAAGUUGAUCAUGAGCUUCUUGUGUUCAUAUAAUGUUACAGAAUCAAAGCGAAAAAAAAAGCGAUUAUUAAAUAAGAGUGUUGUGUUUUCUUGAUUUCA